AUGAACGAAGUGAUAAUGGCUAUAGAAUUGCGCAACAAGGACACGAUGGGUUGUGCUUAUUUUGACACCGCCCAUGGCGAUCUUAUGAUCGCUGAGGACAUCAUAAUGGCAGACCUGGAAGUCGCAGAGCAAUUCCUGUUGCAGGCUGAGCCGACCACAGUAAUCGUCUCUGGCAGAGCUGCGUUAGCUUCUGCGGACUUCGAUUACCAAACGGCUCGAGACAAGUUAAUGCACUUAGUUCUGGAUUCCGCUGAGCCAUCCCAUGCGCUGUUCACAACGAUGGAUGACGGGAGCCUUGCAUCAGCCGAGUUGGACCUGCACCACGACGGCUGCAGCACGCGAGAAGCCAGCCACGUUAGAGCAUUGCGCUGUGGCGGUCUCAUCAAUCUCGACAACGAAGUCUCCGUCAGCUGCGCUGGUGCUGUCCUUUCUGACCUUCAUCAACGAAGGUCUGUAGGGUUCUUACCAGACGGUCAGAGGGCAGAGAUGGUCUUCCAUGUGCGGACCUUGAGGCAGUUCUCGCUGGCUGGACACAUGAUGGUUGGCAUUGACACUUUGCGGUCGUUGCAGAUCAUUCGACCAGAGCUUCACCCAAAUGGCCAAACCUGGAACUCCAACGGCAAUGGCACAGAAACGAGGCAAAGCUUGUCUAUAUAUGGGCUUUUUCACUCGCUCGCUUGUACGCCACAAGGACGCUCGGCCCUGAGGUCGAUGUUGAUUCGUCCGUCGGUAGACAAAGAACUCAUCGCCGAGCGGCAACAAACAAUUGAGUUUUUUCUCCAGCCGGAGCUCGCUACUGAUAUCAAGGACAUUGGGUCUGUGCUGUCGAAGAUCAAGAAUGCGAGUUCGCUCAUUGCACAUCUACGAAGAGGUGCCGAGUCCCCAUCGGCUACUCAAUCGUCAGAUCGCAGCGUAUGGGCUGGACUCCAGACCUUUGCCUUGCAUGCGCUUCGCUUGAGGGAUCUAGUCGGUAGAUUGCCACAUGGUCGGAGAAUCCAAAUUGUCCAGAAGAUUCUCGGUGAGAUUCACCCCGAGUCAUUAUCGGUCAUUGGGAGUCUCAUCAACAAGACGAUCGAUUUCGAACAGUCCAAAUCCCGACAGCGACCGUCUGUUCGAGUGGGCAUUGACCCUGAACUAGACGAACUCAAACGUCGUUAUGAUGGGAUGGGUAGUUUUCUCACUGAAGUUAUCAACCACAUCACACAAAGUCUUCCUGCAUGGCCAAGGCAGUAUAUACGAUCUUGCAUAUUCCUGCCACAACUUGGUUUCCUAACGGUUGUGGAGCCUGAUAAUCAGACUGGGAAAGGACGAUAUGAAGGCGAAGCUGCUGGCGAUGACCAGUGGGAAAGGGUUUUCACGGCAGAUGGUGCGGUGUGUUAUAAGAACAACUACAUGAGGGAGCUUGACGAGCAGUUUGGCGACAUUUACUGCGAGAUUGGUGACAGAGAGGUCGAAAUCAUCCACAGCCUCGCUCAGCAAGUACUUCGUCAUGAGUCUUCCCUGAUCAAAGCGUCAGUCGUCUGCGGCGCGUUCGACGCCCUCUUAUCCCUCGCCAGAGGAGCUGAAAAGUACUCGUGGACCUGCCCUCGUCUAACUGAAGCAACAGAGCUGCAUAUCGUUGGAGGCCGUCAUCCACUUCAGGAACUUGUUGUGCCCUGCUUCGUGCCAAACGACUGUCACAUGGAUGCCGAUCAAACCGCGGCCUGUAAAGGUAAAGGUCAAGCGGGUUUGGCUCUGACAGGACCCAACCAUUCGGGGAAAAGUGUCUACCUGAAGCAGACCGCCAUUAUUGUGUACUUGGCGCACGUCGGCAGCUUUGUGCCUGCUGAGCGCGCGACAAUCGGUAUCACGGACAAGAUCCUCGCACGCAUAUCCACCAGGGAGAGUGUUUCUCGGAACGAAAGCGCCUUUGCCAUUGAUCUGAGACAAAUGGCAUUUGCGAUGGCUAGCUCAACACCCAAAAGCCUUAUAUUGAUAGACGAAUUUGGUAAAGGCACUAACUCGGACGACGGCGCUGGGCUUAUGGCAGCGGCAGUGAACUUCUUCUUGGAUCGGGAUAAGCCAAGCCCUCGGCUUUUGCUGGCAACGCAUUUCCAUGAGCUCUUCGAGACUGGGCUGCUGUCAAACCACCCGGGACUUGACGUAGCGCACAUGGAAAUUUUGAGUGAUGAACAGUCGCGCAAGACUGAUGACCAGAUCACCUACCUGUUCAAAUUAGCGCCCGGACACAGCAACUCCAGUUAUGGAAGCCACUGCGCUCUUAUGAACGGAGUUCCGAGUGCUGUGGUCAACCGUGCCGAAGCUAUUGCACGCCUCGUGGCACUUGAUGAGGAUCUGAGCUUCGCCUGCGCGCAGCUCUGUGAGUCGGAGGAAGAACAGCUGCAGUGUGCUGAAUCUGUGGCCCGUCGGUUUUUAGAACUCGACUUUGAAGACCAAGAUCCGGGCAAGCUCAAUGAAGCUCUCACGUUAGUGUUGGGAUAA